AUGAAUUAUAUCAAUGCAGCUAAGAAAGUGGGCCAUUUAGUUGAAAAAGAAGUCAAUAAACAUACUGGUACCAAGACAUACACAGAUAAAGAUAAGCAAAAGAUUGCCCAAGCUACGGGCACAUCAUCAUCUUCAUCAUCAUCACAACCGUUACAAGUUUUGAUAUAUACUCAUAAUAUUCGUUUUGAUACCAAGAAACUUGCUGAUGGUGAAAAACCAUGGUCAGAGAGGAAAUUCGGAGUUAUUCACUUGAUUAAACAAGCAACUGCAAAUCCCAAUUUACCAUCAAUUGUUUCACUACAAGAAGUAUUACAUAAUCAGUUACAAGAUAUAUUGCAUGGUUUAGGUUCCGAUUGGACUUAUUUUGGUGUUGGUAGAGAUAAUGGGGAUACUCACGGGGAAUAUUCACCGAUAUUAUACAAUAAACAAGAUUGGGAACCCAUUUUCAUUAAGACUUUUUGGCUAAGUGAAACUCCAAGUAAACCAAGUAAGAGUUGGGAUGCGGCUUACAAUCGAAUUGUCACCAAUGUCAUUUUGAAAAAUCGUAAAGUUGAAGGAAAAUCCAUCAAUAUGUUUAAUACUCAUUUUGAUCAUCGUGGGAAAGAAGCAAGAAAACAAUCAUCGUUGCUUAUUGUUAAAUUAAUGAAUGAGGCACCAGUGGGGAAACUGGUUUUGACGGGGGACUUAAAUAGUGAUCCCAAUGCAGAAGGGUAUCAGACUUUAGCCAAGUACUUACAAGAGUCUGGAGUUAAAGCACAAAAAAUUGAAGGUGAGCGAAGAACAUGUACUGGAUUUAGUAAUGGCGGAGAUGGUGAAUCAAUUAUUGAUUUUAUUUGGACAAGCCAGAAUGUGCCUAUUUUGUAUCAUGCUACGCAAAGUCAGUAUUGUGGUGACAGCAGCCAAGGAUGUUUAUGUAGUGACCACCGUCCGGUUAUUGCUAUUGUAGAAAUAUAA